GCGGUAUUUCAGCACGGAUAUUUACACCAGAAAUGACUGGAUUUGUGGGUACAACAGGAAGAAUGCCCUUUUCUGAUUUCCUUGCAUACUUUUCGGCGGUAAAUCUUACAGAUUUAGUGCACCUGAGAGAAAAAAUUAAGAAGCAUGAAAACUCUAAAACACAUCUUCAUAAUUGGAUGGAAUUGGCAUUAUUGGGGACUGUUAACAUCAGAGCUCAGUUAUAUUCAGCAUAUUGGAGAAAUACACAACAGCAUAAUGAUACCGUUACAAAAACAGGUACUCGCGACAGAGUUGAGCUUGGAAGAAGGACGUCUUUGAGGAUGGCAGCAUUGGAAAGUUGGAGAAACAAGGUGGCAGUGAGAAGGAUGUGCUUGAGGCUGGUGCUCUGCAAAAAAACAUAA